AUGUCAACAGGGCGCAGAAGUCAGAGAUCAAAUUCUCAGAAUUCGUCGUAUUCUCAUCUUGCGCGAUGGUUGAAACCGAAACGACGAAAGACAGCUUCCUCUUCAACAAAAUUAGAGGAAUUGUCAGUAUCUGAAGUCCCUGGACUUCCUCAUUUCCUCAGCACAGUGGAAGAUCUUUCUUAUCACCAACCCAACCUCAGCAGUGCAUUUCAAUAUGCCAGAGAGAGAUGGACUCGCAAUGGGAGAUCCUCAAGUAACUAUUCAGUGCUUCCGGUCGGGUCACACAUUCAUAUCACCGAAUCAUCCAAGCCGUUGCUUGAGGACUCUGAAUUUGCGUUCCCUUCACCAGUCAUCGACAAAGAUCCACCUCAGCUAGACCCUCUUCCUGACAUGUCUGCCUGUAGCCUGGAAAGAUCAUCUACCUUACGAGCUUGCAUAGAAGUGGCACCGGAUGAUAAGCAUCUGGCGUACAAAUCGCUGCGGUCCUCCUCACGAACCACUACUAAGCGCGAAAGCAUCACAACUCGUCCCAAGGUCUCGGCAGCACUUACACUACAACCAAUGGGGCGGAAGAGGCUAUCAAUCGCCAGGCCUUUGUCCUCUUGCGAUGUGGUCGCUCCUACGACAAGAGUCGACUCACUUCGUCGUUUUAACAAAUCUGGAGGCCAUAGCCACUUACAAAGAGGUCAGAUUCCGUCAAACUGGACUCAGGGUGAUUCCGACAUAUUACUGGCUAUGAAAGAUGAUCUCACGCGAGAGCCUGGCCAAGGCUCGCCAUCGCGGCGUACCUCGAUCACCACGAUUCAACUACCCACAACUGUACUCGAAAAUUCGUACUUGGCUAUCAAAGACGGCGAUGCAUCGCGACUGGUGCCAGCCACGCAUUCAUCAACAUCAAUUACGCGAUCACAGCUCUCAAAUCGAUCUUCCAGCCAAGGGAGCAGGUCAAUAUAUCCAACCAUGACCUCGAAUCUCUUUCUUGAUUCGUUGUCUUAA